AUGUUAAACAAGCCACGUGGAUCCCUUGAAGGUGAGCAGAUCCUUAUCGAUCAAGUGUCUGCCACUGUACACUCAACACGUAAUAGUGAUGAUGUGGUGAUAGUGUAUAUACAAGAGAGCGAGAGGUAUGCGAAACUAUCUUUACACGCGGCCAAUCAUCUUGUAGUUGAGCGCCAGGAGGCCGAGAAAAAGGCUUGUGAUGACUUGCGACGUGUCGAGAAUGAGGAGUUAGAGUUCACGUUUGGUCCCCUGUAUGAUGAUCGACUGUUUAUGCCGAGUAGCGACGAGUCAGACAUUGAGGUGAUAAGUUCCAGUGGUGAAGACAAUGAUGUUCUUCCGUUUGCACCUGCACCUCCAGUGUGGACCCCAAUGACGGUUGCCAAAAUGAGUCCGGAAGAGAGACAAAUGUAUGAUUGCGUCCUCAACGAUGCUUCCCAGACGCAGCCGUCGCACAGAUCGUCGACACUGUAUUACACCGUUCCACGCUAA